GAUAUUUGAUGUUAGAGCAAUGGGUCUGUAGUUUCCCGGCUUGCUAGGAUCUUUCCCAGGCUUUCUCAUUAGAAUUGGCCCGCGGUUCCUCCUGCCAGUGUUUGUAUACAUCAGACCGGCACAUAUGGGUACUUUCCAAAAUGUCACGGCCUGUUGGGGGAUAGAAAACUGGAGAUUCAAUAGAUGGCAAUGUAAUUUGACAUGUGUUUGGGUUACAAUUUUGACAAGAUUGUAUGCAUUCCUUUCGUAUUAAACAAGCCUUUGUUUUAUAGACACAUCUAAUAAUGAUUUUGUGACCCUGCCUGAACCUGAGCAUUUGUGAAACCAUGAUAAAUUAAGGUUGAUUGGAUUGGUCAGCCGUCAUGCUCCUUCAGUCUUCCCCGGUCCCAACACAGCAGCCAGACAUUGCUUAUUGGACAUCUAUACAUAUUUAAAACACCAGGUAGCUUUAGGCUAAGUGUUGUCUGUAAAUAACCCACUGUUAAUAACCAACUGUAUGAUCUGGGCCGAGAUUUAGUUGGAGACGACUGUGACUGUACUCCAGCAGCCUACCACUCAAGCAAUAACGUUAGCUAUCCAGAGCAGCCGGUGGAACCAGUGAUGCCAGGGAACCAGGAGGCUGCAGCUCAGGUGGAUCAGGAGAUUGCUGAAGAUCAGGAGGAGGGGAUGGUUGUGGCCACACUGGAGCAGGAGGUGGUUGCUACCCAACCCGAACAGAAGAUAAUUGUGGCCCCAAUGGAGCAGGAGGUGGUUGCAGCACAGAAAGUUCACAAGGCUGCUGCAGCUCAGAAAGAUCAGGAGAUUGCAGCAGCUCAGGCUCAGUGGGUUGCUGCAACACAGGGAGGCUGUUCAGGUGACUGUUUUGAUCCAGCAGUGGCAGGACAUGGCAGCUGCAAUCCAGCAGCGGCAGGAGUGUGCUGCAGCACAGGGAGUUCAGGGAGCUGAUGCAACACAGAGGGUUCGGUUAACUGCUGCAGCACAGAGAGUUCAGGAAGCCACUGCAGCACAGAGGGUUCAGGUAAUUGCUGCAGCACAGAGAGUUCAGGUAACCGCUGCAGCACAGAGAGUUCAGGAGUGUGCUGCAGCCCAGGAGAUUCAGGAGUGUGCUGCAGCUCAGGGAGAUCGUGCGACUGCUGCAUCUUAGGAAUUGAUGAUUGCAUCAGCUCAGGAGCCGGUGUCGGCCGGGCCGCCGACUGGAAAAAUCACCGUGGCGCUGGGCGGCUGAGUCUCUGUGGCGCUGGGCGGCUGAGUCUCUGAGGCACUGGGCAGCGGGACCUCCACGGCACAGGGCAGCGGUAAGGACAAGCAACUGGGCAGCGGUGAGGCAUGAUGUCGGCGGGAGCCACGCUUCCUUCUGGAGGAUUUUCCAGAAGGUGCCUCCAGGACAGGAAUGGGCUGAGGUGCAGGCUGGAUGCUAGCUGGCUAGCAGGCCGGAGUGCAGGCUAAGGCAAAGCCGAGAGGACAAUUUCCCAUGAGCCAGGGCGCAGAUUGCCUCCUUAUGAUAGUCCCCAACCGCCUUCCUCCACAUAUCCCCAAGACACUCCAGGUCACUAAUAAGUUCGAACAGUUCGUCAGACAUUGUGUCUGCUGGGUCCAUUAUGGUCAGAUCGUACUGUCACGUUUAAGUGUCAAGCCGGGAAACAGACCCAAUCACAGACAGCAGGCAGAGCAGGUUCAGUUCAACAGUUUUAAUGAAAAGAACAAGGCUUACUUGGGUUACAGGCAGGCAGUGGUCACAACCAGGUAAACAGUCAAAAAAGGCAAACAAGUCCAACAGGGACCUGGCAAAAACCAAAAGUCCAUAAAUGAAGGUACAUGAGAAACAGAGCAUAAAUCCAAGAAACACAGAACACCAGGGUCAGGAAGCUUAACACACGUAUAACGACGUCUUUUCUUUCAGCAAGGCUCAAUGUGCUUUUAUUUAACCAAAAGUUAACAAAAUUGUCCUAUAAAAAUGAAGUAAAGCCAUGAAGUAAAAAUUAAAAGAUAACAAAGGAGUAGAAUGUACGGCCAUCACCCUAAAAUGAUAAUUCAAAGAACAAAGUGGUGUGCAGCGACUAAAGCCUGACACCCCAAAAAAGAACAAAAAGCCUGACUCUUCAAAUCUGCUUCACCUUAUAUACACUGUGACAUCCUGCGUACGUGACCUCUUGCAACUGUUCGCGAAAGUUCCUAUCACCUACACACUCCCUCCUUUCUUGUAUUUUCUGUGGAAAGUACCACACAAAGCUCCAAAAAGGCUUACUAAUCAUAUAUAAAACUACUGGGUACGAUGAUAAUAAUAAGCCCAACUGUAAAUGAUAAUCAAUUAUAAUAAAUUGUAAUACUAAGCCUAACUUUAAAAAGGAAUGCUUACUCAUCCGUUUCCCACCCCCUUCAACAGUAUACCGCUGCAACCCCACGGCCAAGUUUCAGAAAAUACAAAUUAUAUCUCUUGCUUUGUUACAACCUUUUGUGAAAAAUGAUAUACCAAAAUAAAUGAUAUCAAUGAUACGUCAUCUUUUUCCUCCAUAAGGGAGAGUGCAGAGUCUGUAGAUGAGGAAUCAAAAAAAAAUGUGUGACCAGAAUAUAACUUUAGAAGAAAUAAAAAAUAGUAUCUAGAUUAAAAAGUGCAAUUCAGACAUUAUACAAAUGCUGUAAUAGUUCAGUUAAAUUACCAAACACUCCUAGAUUUAAUAUCGGCAGAGCGAUUAAACAGGGAGAUCUGGCUGCUCCUUUAUUAUUUUUGCUAGUCAUAAAAACAAUGGCACUUCACAUUUCGCAAAAAGACAAUUUCAAAGGUAUCCAAAUAGCCGUAAAAGAAUUAAAAUGCUGUCAAUUAGCAGAUGAUACAACCAGGUUUUAAAUAAUGAAAAAGAAGUUAAAAAGCUAUUGAUUGUCUUGUUGCAUUCCCUUUGGUAUCAAGUCUAACUUUAAAUAGUAAAAACUGUGAUCUUUUUGCUUUGAAGGACAAGCCGAAUGAUUUGGUUGAAAUAUGUGAAAUAACUGGAUUUGGUUGAAAUAUGUAUUCCAGUUACUCCUAAAGAAUUUGCAGUUGUCUUUGAUGCAAUACCCUCUGGUCUUUUGAAUUGAAUGCAAGGAAAUGGCAUGUUUGAUAUGAAUCCACACUUUAAACCUUAUGUUAUAUAUGCAUCACAGACAAAUUUACUAAUAGUCAUCUUAGGAGACUUUGUCAGGGGUCCACAACACCUCCAGCCAAGCUAUUUUAUUAAAUUAUUAAUAUUAAACGAAAGUCAGUUUGGAAUUUUAAUAAGAAAUACUGUGUUACCAACAAAACCAGUGAAGUUCCAUUUAAAAUUAUACAUUUGAUUUAUCUUGUAAACCAGGUGCUUUCAAGAUUCUGCGACUAUAUUUAUGGAAUAUCAAACCAAAUGUGAUUUGGGAUGACUAGCUAAUCCCCACCGCCCCCACCUACCCACUAGCUCAUGGGUAGUAGCAGCCAGAGCGCAGCUAGCAGAGUGAUAUCAUAGAGGAAGAUGUGUGUUUGGAUGUCAGUUGUCAAAAACGUUGUUUACAUUUCCAAAAGGGCAUGGUUGAGGUCUAAUCUAGUACUUUCUCAAAACUUUUCACAAAAUUUCCCACAUUGGAACAAAAAAAGUAGUGUCCAUGGCAUGGACACUACAAAUGUCAAUACUCACUAGUGUACACUACUGAGUGUGUAUUUUGUAGGGAGUAGUGAAUGACAUGGCAUACGUUGCUCUACAGCUACGUAUCUUGAUGUAUUCACUUAGCCACACAUUCAGACUAACUUUUCAGUCGGAGCAUCCACCGCCAUGCUCAGAAAUUAUCCUCGUGCAGUUUUGCUCUAUAUAUGCUGAUGUCAGUUGGUCAGUCUGUAAUUUCCUCUGUCCACUUGGUGGAAUUCCAGAGCAAGGUAUAUCAAAACCUACUUGAUGGACAGCCAUGAAAUUGGAUACAGACAUCCUGAUGACUUCCCCUGACUUCACCAACAGGUAAAAUCAGCACUUGUUUAAUUCCUCAUGGGGGUGCUAGUGUGGCUUUAGACUUUUAGUCUUGCGUAAAGCACAGUGAGCAGAUUUUCAUUAGAAACCAGAGUGCUUUCUAGAAGCACAUACACAGUGUAUGCAAAUGUAUUUAGGCAACAGAGUGACUACUUUGUGAAAAAAAUUAGUGGUUUACUGCUGUGUCACACCCGCCCGGAUGGUGCUUGUGUUUUUUGUGGCUGUUUGAAAGAAAAGUUCAACAUAAGUCAUAAGUUAACAGAUAGUCAAGUGUGGAAGAAAAGAGAUUAGAGAGAGGGAUUUGGGAGGAAGGAAAGGAGCUGGAGGGGGAGGAGAGCGAAGAAGAGGAGGAGGGAAGUUAAAGAAAGAAAGAAAUGAAAAAAUUUAAGGAUAUUCGAAUUGAAGAACAAAGAUGAGAGAGUGGAGGAAAGUGACUGAGAGGUAGAGGAAGAUCAAAAGAGACAAAAUACGAAAAAUGAGAGGGUGUGUGUGUGGGUGGGGGUGGGCAGGUGUGAUCCUCCACAGCUUGGGUGUUUGUUUAGCCAAAAGUGGCAACAGUAGAGCAGAGGAUUAUGGGAUUACGUUCGGUGUCGUUGGUCAUGUGAGUCGGCGGCGUCGACACUGACCCUGCUUACCUUCUCUCAGUAAGGAAGCUUAGCCUGGCUGUGAAGAUGUCAGGCUUCUUUUUGCUGCAUGUUAUACAUGCACAGCUUAUCCAUGCCCCCACAAAUCCAGCAGGAUUCCUUGAUUUCUCUAUCUGGAAGAGUAACAAAUAAAACAGAAGAUAGAGGAAUAAAAUAUCGUAGUAUCAGGAGCAGUCACUCAGACGAUGUCCAGACUGUGAGGAGUAAAUACAGGAACAACCCUGGCCAUGGAACAUGAUUGGCUGUGAGGGCCUGAAGGGGUGAGAGCCUGAGAAGUGGCCGCUUCAAUGGCGCGGACCGAGCCACAGUCGCGUCCAGGCCCAAAGCCAGAACCAAAACUGACACCUUACAAUCUCAGAACUUACACAACUUUUUCAUCAGCCAUCCUUCAAGUCCGGCCUCCAGUUUUAAUGCCCCUCCUUCUCCUGCUUGCUGCCUUUGCUGACCUCGGUAUUGCUGGUCCAUCCCAGCCAGCUCGCCCCCCUCUCCUGUCUGGACAGCCUUUUAUCAUCUUCUGGGGCAUCCCUGACUCUUCCUGCUCCAGUCGGCCAGAUCCCAGAUCAUUCGGGAUGGAACGGGAGGGCCGCGUGGCCGUCUUUUAUGAGGACACACUGGGAAGCUACCCGUAUUUCAUAGACAAAGACACACCGAUCAAUGGGGGGCUACCACAGCACACACGGCUGGACAACCACCUCCAAAAGACACAGCAGGACUUGGAGGCAGCUUUGCCUGCCCCGAGGUACCUUGGGCUUGGGGUGCUGCGCUGGGCAGAGUGGGUCCCCCAGUGGUCAAGGAACCGAGAGAAGCAGAUAAUGUAUCUGGAGGCAUCGAGGAAACUGCUUAAGGCUUUCUUUCCUAACUGGACCCCAGAGGAGGUGGAGAAGUGGUCACAGGUGGACUUUGAGGCAGCAGCCCAGUCAGUAAUGAUGGAGACGCUACGGGAGGUCAAAAGGUUAAGGCCCAAGGCAUUAUGGGGCAUCUCUCCUUACCCCAGCUGCUUCAACGGCAAUCCCGCCCAAACCAUGUUAGCCAAUUACACCGACCAGUGCCCUGCUGCAGAGAUGGCCCUUAACGACGAGCUUCUGUGGCUAUGGAAACGAUGCUCCGCCCUCUACCCUCUCCUCACACUGGAGAAGCUGCAGGGUGGGACCUCUGGAGCCAGGCUUUAUUUGCCCAGUCAAAUCAGAGAAGCACUACGAGUAUCAUCUCUGACUGGGACAGCAUUUGAUCUUCCUGUAUUCCCACUGAUCAAGAGUGUCUAUGCCUCAACUAAUACUUUCCUGUCACAGGCAGACCUGGUGAGCACCAUAGGAGAGAGUGCUGCCAUGGGAACAGCUGGAGUUGUCAUCUGGGAGAGAAGUGAGACUAAGACAGAGAGAGAGUGUCAGGACCUGGCAGAGUUUGUCCGUAAAGUCCUGGGACCCUACUCUAUCAACGUAACCACGGCAACUCGACUCUGCUCAGCCUCUCUGUGCCAGGGAAAGGGCAGAUGUGUCCGUCAAAAUCCAGAAAGUGCCACCUACCUCCACCUCCCACCGCCGUCCAAAAUGGUGGAGAAGGUGAAGGAAAAGGCAGAGGCAGCAAAAGUCACUGAUUGGCCAGACACAGACACUAAACCAGCUGUACCAGACACAGCUGAGAUCUGGAAGAAGGACUUCCAGUGCCAGUGGUACAAGACCGCAGACAGGGACGUCUCAGACCAGCAGUCCCCCAAAGACGGAGCAUCUGUUGGGGGUACAUUAGGAGAAAACACUGGAGAUGUAAUGGGGACUACAACAGCUUCUACCAUAACUUCUACAUCAAAAGGUGCCUCUGUGACUGAGUUAAGAGGAAGUAGUUCCCCUGAUACUGGAAGUCUAACCCCUUCACUGGAAGGAACUACAGACAGUGGUGCGAAUCCACUCAGUUACCCAAACCUGACUGUUCUGCUGUUGCUGGUGGCUGGAAGUCUAUGCCUGGAACCUUAAAAUGUGAACAAACCAGCCUUAACCUGGAAGGUCUGGGCUAUAACUGCAAUAUGAGCCCUAAUGAAGUGCCCUUGAGCAAGACACUGAAUCCCUGCUAACUGCAGGUGAGCUGUUUUGUAGCUGAACAUAACCUGUAUCAUAAAAAAAAGGACAACAACUAUGUCCAGAGCUAGAAGUACACACCUAUCACUGAAUGUGCCAAGAGACAGUGGUACAAACACUUGUCACUUUUUUCAGUUUCUACUGGCUGUAUUUAAACCUUUUAAGAAGGAGAUGUGACAUACUAGAUUUAGACUGACCUAUCAGUGUGCUGACAUCAGCUUACUGUCAUGUCAUCAAAUCAGCCGUUCAACCUGACCACAGAUACAUAAAGUCUGUAAAACCUGUA